AUGACGACAACAGUGCCCAAGAUCUUUGCAUUUCCCGAAUUUGCGGGCGUCGCCGAAGCGGUAGCUGAUCACGUUGUACAUGCCCAAAACACUGCUCUUGCAAAAGAUCCGUACAAGAUUAAAGGUUCCAAUAGUGCGGGGGGAGUAGCCUCUGACGGCAUUAUGAGUGGCGCGACCGGCAGUGGCAUCAUCAGCAGCUCACAAUCGGCAGCACAUGUGUCGCGAGCUUCGUCUUCGCGCAGUAUCAAAGGGUCGAGCGGCCGUUCAAAUAGUGCCAAAAUGAAAAAGGUCAAAGAGCGGCGUUUCAAAAUCGCGCUUUCGGGUGGUAGUCUUAUUCAGGUGCUGCAUGAAGGUCUCCUCAAGCGCACAGAUGUCCAAUGGGGCAAAUGGGAUAUUUACUUCGCGGAUGAACGUCUUGUGCCGUUCGAGUCGCCGGAAAGCAAUUUUGGACGUGCUAAACGUCAGAUUUUCGACCAAGUUGACACAAGUCGUUACGGAAGUCCUAAAGUUUACCACAUUAAUGAAUCCCUCAUUGAUGAUCCUCAGGAAUGCGCCGAUGAUUAUGAAAAGGUGUUGAUAAGGGGUUUCGCUGGCAGAGACUCCGUCAAGUUGCCAAUGUUCGAUUUAUUUCUCUUGGGUUGUGCUCCUGAUGGACAUAUCGCCUCACUUUUCCCAAACUUUCAAGAAAACUUACGUGAAAAUCUGGCUUGGGUAGUACCUGUCCAGAACGCACCCCAUGGGCCCUCUAACCGUAUAUCGCUCACCAUUCCGGUCAUAUGCCACUCUCAUCGCGUAACGUUCGUUGUCGAAGGUGCGACAAAAGCUCCUAUCAUCAAAACUAUAAUGGAAAGACCAGAGAAAGGGCUACCCAGUAGCAUUGUCAACGAGGGCGCCGCAGGACGUGUCGCUUGGUUUGUGGACGAUGAUGCCUUGACGGACGUGAGUGUUACAAAGAAAAAAUACACUUUUCUAGAAGCAGAUAGCGAUUCCGGCAAGUCCGGAAAUUAA